UUUAAUACAAUCUGGUCCCAACCCAUAAUCUGUAGACUGAUCCACCCAUGAACUCUUAUUAAAAAGGUUGGCUUGUCCAUAAUCCAUAAUAUACAUACCGUACCCCCCCCCGUUGUCACUUUCACUGCUUUCAAACCCAUAAUCUCUCUUUCUCGGUGGCGUGAAACUCUUUGUUCCUUCUUUUAUCCUAAAUUCACUUGCUCUUCUUCUUCUUGUUCGUGUCAAAGAAAGGGUGGUCCCUCAUUCUUCAAAAAGGGUCCGUUGGUCAUACGUUAUCACCACGCCGCGAGCUCCCUUACUUCACCUAUCGCGCAACAAACCAUCAACGGCUUAUCACAGUAAGGGUCUGAUGUGCACCCUGUAACACCCUCAAAAUGCAACAUCCCAUGGAUCUCGAUCCUGAAGCGCCGCCGACUCACCAAAGCGACAACAAAGGCGACAAAAAUCCCACCACUUCACAUGCCAAAACACGGGAUGCGCCAACCUCAUCUGGCCACCCAUCACCCGCACCCUCAAGCAGCUCAAGUCACCACAACGAGCUCUACGAUCGCGAGCUUUCUAAUUUCAACGCCGUACUCGCCUCUAUCUCGCCUGCCGCAGCUCGCGCCGGCGUGCGCCAAAACUGGCGCAAAUGCCUACUCGGCUCAUCCAGCGAUGAGGCCUUCUUCAUUCGUAGUCUCAUGGGGCGAACUUCAGAUCACGUGAUGACUAAGAUCUUGGAGGAUGAGCAGGAGAGGAUUUUGGAGGUGGCUAGUGAGCACUACAAGGCGUUCUUAGAUCAGGCGAUGGCGAUGAGGUUGGAGAGUAUUAGCGCGAAGGAUUUGGUGGCGGUGUUGGCGAAGGCGAGAAGGUUGGGGUAUGAUGAGAUGGACUUGGUGGAGGCGGAUGAGAUGGUUAUGCCAGCCGAGAGGGCGGAGGCUAAUGAGCCGAGCGACAUGGAGGAGGAGGCGGAGGAGAAUUUGCAGGUCGAGGUGCCUGAGGUGUUAGACGUGGAGGGUGGAGCGCGGAAGGAUGGUUGGGAAAAGGAGAGGUUGAUGGAGUUCAGGAUGAAGGAGCAGGAUGAUGGGCGUCAGGGGUCGCAGACGGUGUUUAGCCAGACUGAGGGACAUGCGAAGCGCAAGAGUAAACGCAAGGUGUGCCCGGCUUGCGGUGCGACGUUUCUUCAAUCGGCCGGGUUGAAGUAUCAUAUGGAUCGUAAGGUCUGUGAGAGACAAAGGCCGACUGCUCCUUUGAAGUUCUGGUGUGAUCUCUGCUCAAAGGGGUUUACCACAUCGGGCGGCCUCACUUAUCACCGAUUGAACAAUGUUUGCAAGGGCCAUGAACCAUCAACGGCGUCGUCUCCCAACGCCCAGCUUCAAGCUGAGCAGGCAGCAAAAUAUGCCGAGCCUCCAAGAGACCUAACACCCAGAGACAUCCUUAAAUCAGAGCCAUACCCCGGAGCCUUGAACGUCCGCACCUAUUCUCCUCCUCGGGCGCAAAUGCCAGCAGCCCGCUUCACCGAAUUCAAAGCCUCACCCAAACCCCUCCCCAUGCACCCCUCCCCCCAACAAUACCAACCACAACCGCAAUCCACGCCCUCCUCAAGCUCCAAACCAUCCGUCGCCCUCACCCCCGAACAAUACUCCGAGAUGAACGCAAAACUCGAAAAGGAAGAGCGCCGCUUCGAAUCCGUCCUCGCAAAAGUAUCUCCCCAGCUGUCCUCCGCCGAGCGGCACGCCGAGAUCAAACGCCUCAAAGCGGGGAGCUCAACUCGCAAAUCCAUCAUCCGUCGCGAAUACGGCGUGCAAGUGCGCCGCUCCAAGGUCGCCACCGCCAACGCGAUUCGCACGGCUAGUGGCGGAGUUGAUAUCUCUAUGGUCGAUGCGCCGCCCAGCACGAAUGGGUUUGCGGCGAUUAACCGCAUUGCUUCGUUCCGCGCAGAGCCGAGCGAGCCGGACUCGAAGAGGAGGCGUACGGGCGAAGUCGAGGUGGUUAGGGGGAGAAAUCCAUCAAUGUACGAUCCGCUCCGCGAUAACUCGGAGCGCAGUCGCAGUGUGGAGUACCCGCGCCCCAGUUUCAACGGCGGCGCGCAACAACUUCCUCAUCCUGACCAGGUGCUGAAAUCGGAUAAUCGCCCGACGACAGCGCAGAGGCAGAAUGGCAUUAUACCCCGCUCGAGACCGCCGUUGCCGCUGCAUGCCGAGCGCCCGCCGCAUGGUACGCCGCAGCAUCAUGACCAGUAUCGGCAACCUAGCUACCAGCAGCACCAGACCCCAACGGGGGGAUUCACGAGCGUCAAUACCGAACAAAACCCCUCCUCUGCCCCACAUGACCGCCGCGAUAGUCAUCACGGCCCUGUAGCACGGAUGCAAACCUACGGCGCCCCGCCCUUCUACGUCGACCAAGACCGUCGCGAGCCGGCGCCCACACACCCGCCCUACCACCCUAGUCACCCCAGCCACCCCAACCACGAGGCAGCGGGUACAUUCGGAGUCCUAAAAUCGCAUAAAAAAGUCCCCGUCCACGAGGCGCAGGUACAGUGGGAUAAUCUGCGGGGUGGCGCUGGGACUCACUAUGGCGGACAGCUGGGUGUGAAUGGCGCGGAGAGGAAGACCAGCGCGAGGACGGGGGAUCUUAUUGAGAUCCUCUCCGAUUCGUCGUCGUAUUCGCAUACCCCGCCCCAGGAGAAAGUAGUCGCGCAGGCGCAGCAGAAAGCCCCUGCCCCGCCGUCGUCGCGGGAGCAGGAUGUUCCGCCUGAGGCGAGGCAGAGUGCUGGGGGAGGCGGGAGACCGACUGCCCUACCUGCGCGAAGCUCGCCGCGGCCGGGGGAGAAGGGGGGGGAAAUGAGGGGAGGGGAGGUGGAGAGUGAUAGCGAUGAUGGGAGUGAUACUAGUAUACCGGCAAGGAGGACGCCGGGGAAGAAUGAAGUGUACCGCGAUACGCUGUCUGCGGCGCCGCGGAGCGCGAGGGGGAGGGGGAAGUAUGGGAGGGAUGAGAAGGAGAAUAGGGGGUUUGAAUGAUUUGGUGGCUUGGGGUUGAGGUUGGGAGGCGUUCUGGGAUGGGGUGUUUGGCUUUUUAUUGGGGGUUGGUUGCUUUGCGUUUGAAGCGUGGGGGGAAAUCUAGCAACAAGGAUAUAUACCGUUUUAAGGGGUUUAGGCUGGGUUUGCGUGUAUAUUAGGGGGCGGGGGCGAGAAUAAUAUGCCCCUGAGAUGGAUUUUGACAAGUACCAAAGCAAGGA